AUGCUGAAAAAUUCACCCCGCUCCAUCCCUACCCCCCAUCCCAUCUCAACCCCCAUCCCCCUGCUGCACUCGUCUCACUCCCACCACCCCCACCAAACCCGCCAUCACAUUUCGCUACGCUCCUCGAGUCCUCCACCCCCCCCUGCCUAUCAUCCCCAUCCCCCUCGGCCCCCACCACUCAAACUUCCACCAUCCCCAUCUCUCCCCAUCAUCACUCCCCCUCCCGAUAAAUCCCCCUCUUUCCCUCAUGUCCCAAUUCCCAUCUCCCACAUCCCACCGCCGCUUUCUUCCCUCUCCCCACGUCCUCGCACCCCCCGUCUCAAUCCUGCUCCCCCUCCCUCCUGA